ACCCGACCAAACCCAACUCCCCCGACCGAGACCCAAGCACCAGACCAAACACGAACCAUUUCCCACCAACCCCUCUCCGCCUCACGCGCCGGCGAUCCGCACGCUGAUGGAGGGUCUCAUCCCGCUGCUCUACAAGGCGAUCAAGGACCGGCGGAGCAACGUCGCCGGUGGCGCCCCCUCCGCUGCCUCCGCGCCCGUGGACCUCGAGGACCCGGAGCAGAGGCGGCGGUGGCUGCAGCAGGAGCUGCGGUCCCCGGUCCACGCGGCGUCGGCGGAGGGCCCGCUGCUGCACCGGCGGAACCUGUCUCUGGAGGAGCUGGCGGGCGAGGUGGGGCUCUCGCACGACCGGCGGCUGCGCGUGCCGCUGCCCAAGGCCCGGAGCGUCCGCGCCUUCGCCUGCAUCGGCGCUGCCUGAUGACGCCGCCGCGCGCGCGCGCGUAGGCGUAGGUGUACGUUAGGCUCCGUUCGUGAGACAGUACAGUCAGCGAGUUCCUCAAGUUGUACAAGGUAUAUAGAUGUGGCCGUAUGUGUUGAGAACUCGAGAUUGUAUACAAAGUUACGAAUUAUUGCUUGCCUUUUCUUUUGGUUUGAUCACGUUUAUGAGAGCCAGCGCCCAGAAGUGGUGAUCUUGUUUGUGAUUCUUCCCGGUUGUUUGAGUAGUUGUUAUGGAUGCGGAGUUUUAUUUGUCUCA